GUGCGUGUCAAAUGAAACAAAGGUCUCUAAGGUGGCUGCUUUUAUUUUGGUAAACGAUCGAGUAUCCGGUGCUCGUGCUGGCUAACGUCGUGGUGAUCUUUGGACGUUCUACGUGUAGUUACGUCGUAGCCAUAGCAACAGCCAGCGCGUGUUAAACUUGUUAAUGCCUUGUUGUUAUUUUUACCUAUUUUUCAGGCCAGAUAAUGGGAGACCAGGAGGUGGAGGAGAAAGAAAUAAGCGCGGACCUUCACAGUCCUCUGAUCUACCCUUUGCCUGAAGAGAUUCAAAAGAUGGAGCGCACUGAGACGGUAUGCUGCUACUGCGGCGUAAGCUACCUCAUCUUCCACGAGUUUCAUCAGCUCCGCACCCAGCUGGCUCAGUUAGAAGCUGAGCUCCAGGACCUGAGAGAGACUGCCCAAAAAGAGAAGGCCCAGCGUGAAGCACUGGAGCUGGGCCGGGUGGAGUGGGAGAGGGCAGUUCGGCUGGAGAUGCAGAGACAAGCAGAAGUCAGAGAGAGAAACACACGAGAAGAGCUAGAAGAGAGGAACCAAAAUGCAGUCAGAGCUCUGAGAGAUGAGUUUGAAGCAAAAUCUGAGACUACAAGGAAAGAGGUGGAAGAGGAGUGUCGGAAAAUAUAUAAAGAAAAAGAGAGUCGAGUUAGAGGAGAGCUGGAGAGGAGGAGCGACAAGAGAGAGAAAGUUUUGCGUGACGCACUUCAAAAGGCCAAUAAAAAUUCAGACGAGCUGAAAAAAGAACUCCAACAGCUGGAAGAGAGACUGGCGAUAACAGCUGCCAUGAAAGAGGAGGCAGAGCAGAUACUUGGGAAAGAGAAGCAACAAGUUGAAAUUCACAGAGGUGUUUGUGUGCGGCAGCAUCAGGCCCUGCAAGCAACUCUGUCUUUGCUCCGCUCUUCUGGCAGCGGGCUCACAGAUGUACGGGGUUUCCUCAGCCAGCUGACAAGGGCCUGGCAGGCCUUCAGGUCCCAGAUAAUGCAGCACAACACACAGGUGUACUCAGCACUGAGUGAGGAGUUGAAGAAUUCCAGCGUGGCGCUUCAGAACACGAGAGAAGAGAAAGAGUGCCUAAGUCAGCAGCUGAUAGAGCAGAAGAGACGGAGUGAGGAGCAGCUGUCCCAGCUAGAAGACUCUGAGAGGGAGCACAGAGGAAAGCUCCUCAGGUUACAAGUGGAGCUGGAGGAGAAACAUGAGAGGUGGUUGUCAUGCCAACAGAGAUGUGAUGCCAUGCAGAAGCAGCUGUUGUCUUGCAGUCAGAGAGAGGAGCAGAUGAACCGGAAGUACUUUGCAGCUGCAGAGGAAGUGACACAACUAAGGAGAGCUCUGGAGAAUACAGAGCAGGAAACAAGAGAGCUGAAGAAAGAAAGGGAUGUUAUGCUAGAAUCUCAUGGCAGAGCCCUGAAUAUGAUGAAGGAAGGCUUCACUCAGCAGCUGGCCACAAAGCUGUCUGCUGCCCUAGAAGAGCAAAGAUCCCAGAGUUCAUUGCACCUGAGGGAGCAGAUGGAGAAGCUUCGCAGGGAGAUGGACCUAGAGCUGACAGUGGACAGGGAGAAGAGCCAGUUCCUGCUUCUACAGUGUCAGCGAGACAGGUCCCAGCUUCAGCAGAAGUUGGAAAAGAGUGAAAUGAAACUGCGGGAACUGCAAGAGGUACUGCAGCAAGAGAGGAGGAGCAGGGAGGACGAGAGGAGAACCCAAUGUGAGGAGAGGAGGAGAAAAGAGGAGGAGAUACACCGACAGGCGAUGGCGAAUCUGGUCCAGGCUAAAGCAGCGAUAAAGCUGAUGACUGAGAAGAAUGCUGAACUACAAGAAGAGGGUGCUGUCGCGAAAUCGAUCAAAUGCAGAGCAGAGAAACAAACCACGGAGGCCCCAGAAACGUGCAAUCAAACGGUAACAUUACUCGAGGACACAGUAAGGCGGGAGUGUCAGGAGAGGGAAGAGCUAACUGCUGCGCUGUCUCAGGCUCGCCAGGAGUUCCUCGGGCUGCGAUCCCAGGCAUCUCAUCGGGACACCUUAAAGCUUUCACUUCCAGACCACUUGGAGAGACACACCCCCCCAGGGAACAAAAAUGUACACGAACACAGUCAAGCCCGGGCACCACUCACUCGCUCUUUGGCCUCCCCAAGCAGACUCCGUCCUUCGCCUGCCUGCACAGACAAAGGCAGAGGCCAGGGCAUGGGUGGAGAAGAAGCGGGAGGGGGGAAUUUGGAGUCCUGGAGCAGUGGGAGAGUGCUAGGUGGAGAAAAACAGAAAGAGGUGACACUGCCCAGACUGAAAACAAGCUGCACAGUGAGUGAAGUCAAACGUAAGGUCAAUUUAGUGAUGGGGAGGAAGGAGACGCUCUAAAAAUAGAGUAGUAGUAGUAGUUUAAUUAUGUUUUUUACAUUUUUAUAGCAUCUUAUUGUUCUUUUAAACUAAUUAUCUAACUGCCUACUUUAAAAGUUGCGCACACACACACACUCAGAUAAGGCACUGCGCCUGAGUUCUUGUUUGCACACUAGUAAACUCUCACUACACACACUCAGCAACAGAUAUGCACUUGUUUUCUCACAACCUGACUCACGCAGACUCACUGGCACGCACAGGAUUUCACAAACAACGCACACAAACACACACUCAAACACACACACACAGCUUUAAGGAGCAUGACAGCAUGUCCCUUGCUACCCGUGGACACAAACAAAAGGCAGGCAAACACAAAAGAAACUGUAUGGUAAGCAUCCCCAGACACACACACACACACACACCGACACACACGCACACAACAACAAUUACCCAGCCUUCUCCCCUGAGGCUUUGUGUGUUAUUGACAUCAUUCACUCUGUGGAAGGUCUUUCCAUCCCUUCCUCCUCCUCUCUUUUCCUCUUCCCCUACAUUUGGGAUAAAUUGGCAUGAUGGGAGAGAUGUGUGAAGUGUGUGUGUGUGUGCGUGUGUGUGUCUGUGUGUUUGUGGCAUGGAACUAAUUUCCCUGCUUGCUGGCACACAUGCACACAAGCCUUUGCUCACCCCGUGUCCCUCUUUUCCAAUCCAUCUGCGAGACAAUGCACACGUGCACUUCAUUCACUUAAAAAAGGUGGGGGGAAAAAUUAUUAUAUCCUGCCAACAUUUCCUGUUUGCCAGAACACACACAUAUGGUUUAUCUGCUAAAAACCUUUGUUGGCGUGGAGAGGAUGUUCUCAAAUGCAGCACAAACAAAGACUAUGUGCCAGUAAAACCUGCACAUAUGUUCUUCAAAGGGUUAAUAAGACAUUUAGCACAACACAACACGUAACCGGGGAAAGUUUACCUCAAGUUGACUGUCAUCACUGUAGUAAUAAAUUUGCUACUGAUUAAUUGCAUUUUUCAAGUAGGUUGUCACUUACUUCAGAGGCUUCCACUUGCUGUAAGCUUUGGUGAUUCUAUUGACUUCCUUCUAAUAAAAACAACAAGAUACUG